CGCUCCGCGGGCAGCCCCGCCCCGGCCCCCCCCCGGGCGGCGGCGGCGGGGCCAGGGGGCGGGGGCCGGGCGGAGCGGGACGCACGGCACGGCGCGGCGCGGCUCGGCACGGCUCGGCUCCGCUCUCCCGCCAUGGCAUCCAAGUGCCCCAAGUGCGAGAAGACCGUGUACUUCGCCGAGAAGGUGUCCUCCCUGGGCAAAGACUGGCACAAGUUCUGCCUGAAGUGUGAGCGCUGCAACAAGACCCUGACCCCGGGCGGGCACGCCGAGCAUGAUGGGAAACCCUUCUGCCACAAGCCCUGCUACGCCACGCUGUUCGGCCCCAAAGGGGUGAACAUUGGCGGCGCCGGGUCCUACAUCUAUGACAAGCCGCAGAUUGAGGGGCAGACUGCUCCGGGACCGAUCGAGCACCCGGUGAAGGUGGAGGAGAGGAAGGCGAACGCUGCGCCUCCCAAGGGACCCAGCAAAGCCUCCAGCGUCACCACCUUCACCGGGGAGCCCAACAUGUGCCCACGCUGCGGCAAGAGAGUCUACUUUGCCGAGAAGGUGACUUCGCUGGGGAAGGACUGGCACCGUCCCUGCCUACGCUGCGAGCGCUGCAGCAAGACGCUGACCCCGGGGGGCCACGCUGAGCACGAUGGACAGCCGUACUGCCACAAGCCCUGCUACGGGAUCCUCUUCGGGCCAAAGGGAGUCAACACCGGAGCCGUGGGAAGCUACAUCUACGACAAAGACCCCGAGGCGAAGAACCAGCCCUAGACGGCGUCCCCCUGCCCGCUCGCCCGCUCUGUGUCCCCGUACUAACCUCCUGCUCGCAGCCGGAGCAGACCCUCACCAGGCUGGCCACGGAGCUGUGCUCUCUCUGCUGUCUCUACUCCGGGCAGGACGGCCCUGCCCUCCGGGUUAUAUAUCAUAGUCUCUAAUAUAAGCUUCAGUGUUUAAAGGCAAAGGUAGAAGGUGUCUCUGGUGGUUCCCAAUGCGCUCUGACCUCCCACCAGCCCCCCCGAGCGCAGGAGGCAGUGGGGCAGGUGUGGGGAUGUCACCGUGUGCAGGGGACAGCAGGUGGCACCCGAGGGGCUGAGAGCAGGGUUGGGUUGGGGGGGGAAGGUGGUGGUAGGAGUCCCACCAUGGAAGGGUGCUCCCUGCUGUCACCCGCACGGAGGGUGAGGGAGCUGGGCAGGCGUCCCGCGGCGCUUAGGAAUGGGGGCUGGUGGUCAGGGCACCCAGCCCGGUUCCUUGCCAGCCGCUGGGGACGUGCGGGUCCCCUGAGGACACUGGCCCACCUGGCAGCGCUGCCCUUCUCCCGACCCUUCCCGGGCUCCGUGCCCUGGCUCUCGCUCUCCCCAGCACCUGCGGCCAACCCCAGCCACCGUUGGGGUUGCACGGUCUGGCACCUCCCUGCAUCCCCAUCCUUGCACCCCCAGGGCAUCCCAGUACGUGCACCCACGCAGGUGCCUGACCUGCUCUGCUGGCUGGUUUGGGUUGGUGGCCACCCCUGCAGCCUUGGCGGGGGGGCACCCGGUGGCUGCAGCCCUGGGGGAGUGGGCUGCUCCCUGCCUUCGGAGGGCAGAGCGCAUUGGGCUGGCGGCUCGGCGGCGGGAUGCCUGCCUGCUUCCCAGAGCCGGAGGUUUCUCAUUGUUGUUGUUUAUUUAUAAGCAGUUGUAAAUGUGCCCCUCGCUUUGGAGAAUGACACGUGCCCCCCAGUCUCACCCGUCCCCCCCAUGCACGCCCAGCCCUGCUGCUGCCCAGGGGGCCGGGGAGGGGGCUGGUGCAGGGGACCCGCCGGGGCGGCGAGCCCUGGGGUGCCAGCACCCUGCUCUCUCCGGGCUCCCUUGGCCGCUGCGGGGCUGACUUUUGUUAUUUGCUGACAAUAAAGGUUUUGAGAGA